GCUUCCCUAGGAUGGGCGGAGUGGUGGUUUCAGUGACGGACUGAAUACGGGUGCCGGGUAGGCUCUUACGGAAGUCCAUGCGCCAUUGGGAGGGCCUCAGCGGCUUCUCUGUGCCCUUGUUACCGAGGCCUCUUCCUGGGUCAUUCUUAGAUCAAGAGCCGCACUGGGGCUGACACGGGGGCUCCCGCGAGGCCGUCUCGGCGCUUGGGUGACCUCUACGCCGGAGAGAUGUGGCGAAUGCGUCGGGUCGCUGUGGCCUGUGAAGUCUGCCAAUCCUUGGUGAAACAUAACUCUGGAAUAAAAGGAAGCUUACCACUCCAAAAACUGCAUCUGGUUUCACGAAGUAUUUAUUGUUCACAUCAUCCUACCUUAAAGCUUCAAAGACCCCAAUUAAGGACAUCAUUUCAACAGUUCUCUUCUCUGACAAACCUUCCUUUACGUAAAUUGAAACUUUCUCCAAUUAAAUAUGGCUACCAGCCCUGCAGGAAUUUUUGGCCAGCACGGUUAGCUGCAAGGCUCUUAAAACUUCGAUAUCUUAUACUGGGAUCUGCUGUUGGGGGUGGCUAUACAGCUAAAAAGACUUUUGAUCAGUGGAAAGAUAUGAUACCAGACCUUAGCGAUUAUAAAUGGAUUGUGCCUGACAUUGUAUGGGAAAUUGAUGAGUAUAUUGAUAUUGAGAAAAUUAGAAAAGCCCUUCCUAAUUCAGAAGACCUUGCAAAGUUAGCACCAGACAUUGACAAGAUUGUUGAAAGCCUCAGCUUAUUGAAGGACUUUUUCACCACAGGUCACAAAUUGGUUAGUGAAGUCAUAGAAGCUUCUGACCUACUUCUCUUGUUAGGUUCACCUGGAGAAACGGCAUUUAGAGCAACAGAUCGUGGAUCUGAAAGUGACAAGCAUUAUAGAAAGGGUCUGCUUGGUGAGCUCAUUCUCUUACAACAGCAAAUUCAAGAGCAUGAAGAAGAAGCACGCAGAGCUGCUGGCCAAUAUAGCACGAGCUAUGCCCAACAGAAGCGCAAGGUGUCAGACAAAGAGAAAAUUGACCAACUUCAAGAAGAACUUCUGCAUACUCAGCUAAAGUAUCAGAGAAUCUUGGAACGUUUAGAAAAGGAGAACAAAGAAUUGAGAAAAUUAGUAUUGCAGAAAGACGAUAAAGGCAUCCAUCAUAGAAAGCUGAAGAAAUCUUUGAUUGAUAUGUAUUCAGAAGUUCUUGAUGUUCUCUCUGAUUAUGAUGCCAGUUAUAAUACACAAGAUCAUCUACCACGGGUUGUUGUGGUUGGAGAUCAGAGUGCUGGAAAAACAAGUGUGUUGGAAAUGAUUGCUCAAGCACGAAUAUUCCCUCGAGGAUCUGGAGAGAUGAUGACACGUUCUCCAGUGAAGGUGACUCUAAGUGAAGGUCCUCACCAUGUAGCCUUGUUUAAGGAUAGUUCUCGGGAGUUUGAUCUUACCAAAGAGGAAGAUCUUGCAGCAUUAAGACAUGAAAUAGAACUUCGAAUGAGGAAAAAUGUGAAAGAAGGUUGUACAGUUAGCCCUGAGACUAUAUCCUUAAAUGUGAAAGGCCCUGGAUUACAGAGGAUGGUGCUCGUCGACUUACCAGGUGUGAUAAAUACUGUCACAUCAGGCAUGGCUCCUGACACAAAGGAAACUAUUUUCAGUAUCAGCAAAGCUUACAUGCAGAAUCCUAAUGCCAUCAUACUGUGUAUUCAAGAUGGAUCUGUGGAUGCUGAACGCAGUAUUGUUACAGACUUAGUCAGUCAAAUGGAUCCUCAUGGAAGAAGAACCAUAUUUGUUUUGACCAAAGUAGACCUGGCAGAGAAGAAUGUAGCUAGUCCAAGCAGGAUUCAACAGAUAAUUGAAGGAAAGCUCUUCCCAAUGAAAGCUCUGGGCUAUUUUGCUGUUGUAACAGGAAAAGGAAAUAGCUCUGAAAGCAUUGAAGCUAUAAGAGAAUAUGAAGAAGAAUUUUUUCAGAAUUCAAAACUUCUAAAGACAAGUAUGCUAAAGGCACACCAAGUGACUACAAGAAAUUUAAGCCUUGCUGUAUCAGACUGCUUUUGGAAAAUGGUACGAGAGUCAGUUGAACAACAGGCUGAUAGUUUUAAGGCAACACGUUUUAACCUUGAAACUGAGUGGAAGAAUAACUAUCCUCGCCUUCGAGAACUUGAUCGGAAUGAACUAUUUGAAAAAGCUAAAAAUGAAAUCCUUGAUGAAGUUAUCAGUCUGAGCCAGGUUACACCGAAACAUUGGGAGGAAAUCCUUCAACAGUCUUUGUGGGAAAGAGUAUCAACUCAUGUGAUUGAAAACAUCUAUCUUCCAGCUGCACAAACCAUGAAUUCAGGAACUUUUAAUACCACAGUGGAUAUCAAGCUUAAACAGUGGACUGAUAAACAGCUUCCAAAUAAAGCAGUAGAGGUUGCUUGGGAGACCCUACAGGAAGAAUUUUCCCGCUUCAUGACAGAACCCAAGGGAAAAGAACAUGAUGACAUAUUUGAUAAACUUAAAGAGGCUGUAAAAGAAGAAAGUAUUAAACGCCACAAGUGGAAUGAUUUUGCAGAAGAUAGUUUGAGGGUGAUUCAGCACAAUGCCUUAGAAGACCGGUCCAUUUCUGAUAAGCAGCAGUGGGAUGCAGCUAUUUAUUUUAUGGAAGAGGCUCUUCAGGCUCGUCUCAAGGAUACUGAAAAUGCAAUUGAAAACAUGAUAGGCCCAGACUGGAGAAAAAGGUGGAUAUACUGGAAAAAUCGGACCCAAGAACAGUCUGUUCACAAUGAAACAAAGAAUGAAUUGGAGAAGAUGUUGAAAUGUAAUGAGGAACACCCAGCUUAUCUGGCAAGUGAUGAGAUAACCACCGUCCGAAAGAACCUGGAAUCCCGAGGAGUAGAAGUAGAUCCAAGCUUGAUUAAGGAUACUUGGCAUCAAGUUUAUAGAAGACAUUUCUUAAAAACAGCUCUAAAUCAUUGUAACCUUUGUCGAAGAGGCUUUUAUUAUUACCAAAGGCAUUUUGUAGAUUCUGAGCUGGAAUGCAAUGAUGUGGUCUUGUUUUGGCGAAUACAGCGCAUGCUUGCUAUCACUGCAAAUACUCUACGACAACAACUUACAAAUACUGAAGUUAGGCGAUUAGAGAAAAACGUUAAAGAGGUAUUGGAAGAUUUUGCUGAAGACAAUGAGAAGAAAGUUAAAUUGCUGACUGGCAAACGAGUUCAACUGGCAGAAGACCUCAAGAAAGUUAGAGAAAUUCAAGAAAAACUUGACGCUUUCAUUGAAGCUCUUCAUCAGGAGAAGUAAACUGUAUUAAAAUUCUACUCACAAUGUAAUGGCCUCUACGUACGUCUAGAGAAAGAAAACUUCAAAGUCUUUUGUCCUGCCUCUUUUUCUUCUGCUAUUCCACCUUUCUACCAUACAAUAAAGUCAUAGGAUACAAAUAAUUUAUGUGCGUUACAGGCACUUUAACCAUCAGCUGCCUUGAAUGAAAAAACAGUGGAAAUGGCAUUGACAUCCUAUUCAGUUGUUCUGGAGUGACAAAUUGGGAUUAUAAGAUUGGUGUUGCCAUUGGUGUAUACUCCUUGAAGAUAAGAAACUUGCUCUCUGCUGUUGUCUUAUUUGUGGUGGCACUAAAUUUAUUAACAUAUGUUACUCACUGUCAAGUUUCUUUUCCAGGAAUGUAAUGCUAGUUGUUUUGGAAUAAAACAUAGCAAUUUUUAAGAAGUUAUCAAUUGUAUAUAAAAUGAUGGUAGACUGCUAAGUCAUUGUCUGUAUCUUUAAUGUUCUAUAUCCAGGAACUAUUUGAGCGUGAUAAUUCAAUUUAUAUUCACCACAUGAAAGAAAACUGGGUAACAGAAGAACCCCUUGGAUAAGUUAAUUUGGAUUAUAAUAAUUCAGUGUAUAUUCAUUGAAAGGAACCUCAACCCUUCAUUGCUAGACAAGAAGUUAGCCUUGGAAGUUGUCAGUAGCAGCUUACCUUCAGUUGCUAUUUUUACACUCCCUAUAUCCAUUUGAAAUUAAUUCAUUUUGAAUAUUGUAUAUUUAAGUUAGAUUUCCUGUUAACAGUGGUUUCUUUUUCCUAUUGACAGAGCCAUUGGAUUAUGACAAAUGAUGAAAAAGAUGAAGGAUAAUCAAUUGACUAAUUUUAUUUAGAAUAUUGUCAAACAUUUGAACUAGGAAUCAGGAAAAGACUUUCUUUCAUAUGAGUUUUGUCUUUUUUUUUUCUCUCAGUACUGGGGAUCAAACCCGUGGCGUUGCAUGUACCAAGCAAAUGCUAUACUCUUAGCUACACUCCCAGGGCCUCCAUAUACUAUUUUAAAAAUAAAGUUUAAUUCUUUGCAGUUCAGUUAUAAUAAUACCCUCACAACAUUUUCUUGUGUUUUGUAUAAUUUUUAUUGGUUAAAGGGCUUUAAAGCAAAUAUGCCAUUUUUUUUUACUUAAAAUGUCUUUCUCAUUUGCUACCUUUUUAAGUCUUUAUUAUGCUAAUAAAAAUGCCCAUUGUAUAACAGUUUUUAUUCUACAGUUUUAUGUUUUCUUGGAAUUGUUACAAUUCCCUUGUUAACAAUUCCUUUGCCCAAUUCCCACUUUUUCUUUUUAAUCAGGAAAAAUUGAUAACCCCUCAAGAUAUGACACCUCAUAUACAGAGUUGGAGAAUAUCACAAAAUAUUUCAGAAACUAGAAAUUCCGUGAAUAUUUGCUUUACACUGUUUGAUAAGAAAAGUAGAUCCAAUUUUUAGCAGCUAGCAGCAGUAUACAUAUUGUUAUUUUGCAGAUGAGUAGUCAAAAGCAUUUUGUGGUUUUUGGGGGGCCUAUGGACAGUGGUCAGCAGAAAGGAAGUGAACUUUGUGAUGCUCUAUACAAGGAUUAGGAGAUGGCUUCACUGCUUGAACACUCUAGCUAGCCUCUACCUCUACUACUACCUAUAGCUACAAUAGGUAGGUAACCCCUCACUGAAGCAGAUGUCUUGCAAUGGUAAUAUUCAUGAAGUUGUAAAACACUCCUUACAACUGCACACCUAUUUCUUUAAAAAGAAAGAAAGAAAUAGGACCAUAUUUGUUACUGUGAACUUUAGAGGGGGAAAAGAAAUGCCCUCUUGUUAGGCAGUAAUUUUUAUCACUUCCAUGUGUAUAAAUUUUAAAAAUGGUGGUGGGGACAAAGAAACGGCUUCUUUGAGGAGAUCAAUAUUAUAACUUAAAUAUGUUAAGUAGAUCAUAAAAACGUAUUAUUAACAAUCCCAUAUGAAUACUGACAUUCUUCCUAUCUGUCCCCUUCAUUAAAAUUGGCUUCUUUCAUGGUUUUUUCUUUUCUUUUUUAUUUUAGCUGAUCUCACACUAAAUAUGCUUCCCCCGCCCUCAAAAAACAGGUAUUUAUUAAAUGCAGAUGCUGUGAAGAGAAAAAAAUAAAAUUCAGUCUCAACAGUAAAUCUUGUGUGUUGUGUCUAUAGUUCAAAAAUUAAAAAUGAUUGAAAUUCAAGGUAAAAAAAUAAUUUCAGAUAUUCAGUAUGCAGAAGUGAAGACAAAUAGGACAAGAAAUCAUUUGUUUGAUGUCA